AUGGCUGAGUCGGUGCUAGACACACCCCGGGGCCGAGAGAUGUUUAACCAGUUCCUCGCGCGGCUGGCACGCCAACCUGCGCCGAGCGAAGAACCGGCUCCGGCUAGGAUGAUGACGGGCGCGACGGCGGACGCCGUAACGCCGACUCCGAGGGCUCGAGAGAGGGACGCGUUCUCCUACGAUGCGUCGAGGCCAUCGCUACCUCUUGUGGGCGAGAUGCAAGGCGAGGUACCGACAGUAACGCCAGCCGGUGCCGCGUUAAACGCGAGGGGAACGACGAGGCACACUCCUACGCGGGUGGGAGAACGCCAGGACGUGGCAAGAACACCGUAUCCAGAGGGUGGCACGCUCAGGAGGCAAGGAGGAACGCCUGCGGGAGCGGCGGAGACGCCGACAAGGAGGGCCGGAACGCCGACGUCGGACUCCGCGUUACAAGAGAUGUUGGUCAACACGUUUAGUCGGGCACUCCAGAGGCUGUCAGACUCGGCUGGAACGCCGACAAGAACGCCACAACCUGCGGAGGCGAGGCCUGUGUCACGCCCUGUGCCAGCAUCCUCGGGGAACGCUUUCGUCGAUCAGACUCGACCGGUUAGUACGCCGAUGCUCGGGUACCAAGGUUCGAUGGCUCCCAGGAUGGCGCUACCGGCGCCGGCCUCGACGCCUGUGGGGAUGCCGAUGGCUGCGAUUCCGUCCUAUGGUGGC